UGGACCACGUACUUGCCUACUAGUCCACGGCAUUGCUGUACUGGCCUCGUCAUUCCACAGAACAUGAACUCGCCCGCCGCAUCCACAGUCAUACUUCCCUUGUCUGGGGUGGAGGAAACCACCCCAACCAGCUCGACGACGACUUUGAUACCAAAGAUUCACCACAACCCGGAUACCGCGCAACCGGAAUCCUCGACGAAGGCGGGCAAUACAAUCGCUCCCAAGCCAGCGACACAGCCGAAGAACUUUGAGGCAGCGUUCGGUACGCUGUCGGCGUCGUAUGGCUGGGGGAUGGGGUCAGAUACGAAGGGGGUCAGGGGAGCGAAGUCGCCCAAGCAGAACGCGAAAGCCAAGUCCUCCGGUUCCUCUGCAAAGCAGAAGCCCCCGCAUGCCUCGUGAAGAGGGUGUGGUAGUCGCGAAUCAUGUUGUCCGUAAGGAAUCAGGGAACAUUCGUAUCAAUGAUCAUGAAAAGAGGUGUUGAGAAAUAGCGUACUUCAACAGUCGUGACUCUCAUGUCUUUUUGUCAUGAUGAUAUCGUCACAUCAAGUUAUGCCUUGUGUGUCCAAUGCCCCGAUCACUG